ACCAAUACACCGGGCUGAACACUGAUAACUGCAGCUACUGUGGACCAUUGGAGACACACACCGGGGAGCUGUUCUAACUGAAGGAGCUUUAUUUAGUUUGACUUUAUUUAUUAAUUUAUUAUUUGAGUUGUAUUUAUUUCUAUCCAAGAUGAACGGAGUGUCGAGAAGUAUGUGUACAUUUGAAGACAUCAGAAAUCAAGAGCAGGCGGAGGGGUGCAGGAGACUGCGACUCACACUGCACGACCAGAGGCAGGCAGCCCAGAGAACGGAGCAGUACAGGGACAAGCCAAUCGGACGAGCUUAUGCGCUGGUGCAGCCGGCCGCUGACAGGACAUCUCUGAACCCUGAACCGGUCAAAUACAAAGAGGAGCAGGUGGAGGUUAUCAAGGUGUAUCUAGAGGCCCGCAAACAGGAGCAGCAGAAACACCAGCAGAGCCUCAAGAUGCUGUCAGAUGAAGUUUCACAGAUACAGGAGGUGAGGUAUUGCCUGAAGACGCUGAGGGAGCAGAUGGCAGCCAAAAACAAGCCGCUCACAAAUGGGUGGAAAGUUGGUCUUCCCUUCAGAAGGAGCGCCCCGUCUGCCUCUAAAGACGAGGCCAAAGCUGAGGCACAGGAAGCAGAUGAAGAAGCAGAGAGAGCCAAGCUGAGGGAGGUCAGUAAGCGCUUGUAUGCUCAGCUACAGGAAGCAGAAAAGAAACACCAAGAGGAUAAAGAGAGGCUGCAGGCUGAGAGUAGCAGGCUGAAGGAGCGUCUGAGCGAGGAAGAGGAGAAGCUGAAGACCACAGAAGCAGCCAGCGAGAGGAAAGACAUGCGCAUAGACGACCUGCAAAGGCUGCUCGGAGGGAUGGAGCAGGAGAGCGCCACCCUGAGGGAGGAGAUGAACAGCCGCGAGGUGGAACUCCAUGAGCUGCGCAAAAUCAGAGAGGAGGGCCAGAAAGGGGGGCAGAGGACUGAGCAGCUGGAGAGGGAGUUGGCAAUUCUCAAAGAAAAGAUCCACCAUCUGGACGACAUGCUGAAGAGCCAGCAAAGGAAAGUCAGACACAUGAUUGAACAGCUCCAGAACUCUCGCAUGGUGAUCCAGGAGAGAGACCGCGUGAUCAAAGAGCUGGAAGAGAAAGUGGCUUUCUUGGAGGCUGAGAACCGAGAGAUGCAUGACCAGAUGGAUUACUUCAUGGGAGGACAAAGGUCAAACUCUCACCUUUCAUCCGAGCGCAAUCCCCAGAUCGUCUACAGUAAACCAAUCAAGCCUUCCAACUCCUCCAACAAACCUCUGCCUUUCAUCAAAGUCAUCGAGAUCAGGUCAUGAAGUAACCGCGCAGAAGAAAGACACGGUAUUGGACCACAACACCAUUUCACUGCAGACUGAAAACAAGCACGACUCUACGACUGCCCACAUCUGAUUUCGCUGAUAGUCGGGAUGUUGGAGUUGAGCUUCCCUGGACUGUAACUACAUCAAAACUUCCACCAAACCACAAACACUCCUUGAAGGAAACUGUGUGAAGAUUGGCGACACACGCACCACAACUUGCUUUGCUUUGUCUAUGCAUAAUGUGUGAAUUUGAGCUUGAUAUAGAUACUUUAAGCUGACUCGGCUAAUGUGCAUUUGAAGUUUUACAUGCAAUACUGCGUACCUUGUGCAAGUGUUUCCGUGUGCUGCCCUGUUGUGAUCGCUUUAUUAACCUUUGAGAUAUGACAAUCUUGUGUUGUUGUAUCAAAACAGAACUGUGCGGGUUGGCAGACCUUUUGCCAAAGUGUGUUUAUGAUAUUAUAAAAUUCACAACAAUAAAUGUUUUCUGUAGCAAUCAUUAA